CCUUCUUCGUCGACUCCUCCUUCGCAUCUGUCGCGCGCCUGCUUCGUUUGCUCCGUCUUCUUCAUUGGUCGCGCCUCUCUACUCCUUUGUCUGUCACGCCUGUCUUCUGCAUCAGUUAUCUUCUCCUCUGUCGGUGCAUCAGUCAAAACUUAUUCUGUAUAUAAGGCAAGGGAUUGAUGGUAGGAUUCAAAAAUAGGUAUUUGGUGAUGGAGGUCUUCUUAGAUCCAAAUCGGGACUUGGCUUUAGAUGAUCCCAUUGUCCUUACGGAACGUAAUGUGUCAAAAGCAAUCAGCGAAAGCAUUAUGGUAAACUUUGGGGAGUGUGGUCUGGCUUCAUCACUUGGAUCAUUCCAAGUUAAGUAUGUAAAUCACAUUACUAAAGUGUGUAUUAUCAGAGCAUCGAGGGAGGAUUACCAAAAAGUUUGGUCUGCAGUUAUCCUUGUUAGGAGUAUUGGAAACUGUCCAGUGUUAUUCAACUUAUUGGACCUAAGUGGAAGUAUUAAAACAUGCAGAAAUGCUGCCUUGAAGUGUGACGAAAUGAAGUUUGAGCAGUACAAGCUUGUGGUCGGAGGGCGCCUAUCUGCCGAUGAUACUCAGAAGAUGGAAAACUAUCUUCAAAAAAUCAAACUGUUGGAGCAUUGAAGGUGUGAACCAUGUCAACUUAUUGUUCAUCUCCCGGGCUUGCUCUAUUAUACCAUAUGACCUUUAUAUGGUUGUGAAUUGAGGUUCCUAUAGCACAUUAUAAGGGCACUGAUGUGCUAGAAUUGAUUUACUACAAAAUGAGUUGUAAGUUGUGUUGAUCACUAGGUUCAUUUAUUGGUUGUUUGUCACGAAAGACCUUGCGAUUGACGUUCAAUCAGACAUGGUAUACGUUCCCUAACUAAGAAUUAUUUAACAGGCCACAACUUCAUUUUAGCGGAAGUUUACAGGA